AUGCUGGGAGCCUGUCGCCCACACUCCAGCGCUGCCCUGCUCUCAGCCGUCCUCCUCCUGCACGUUCAGGCUGCAGUGGCCGUGAAUUUCCAGGUGCUGGUUCCCGCCGGCCCCCUCUUCGCCCCACUGGGGGGCACCGUGCUGCUGCCCUGCCACCUCUCCCCCGCGCUCAGCGCCCAGGCCAUGCAGGUGAAAUGGAGCCGGCUAGGCCAGGACGUCCAUGUGUACCUUCCGGACGGGAGCGAGGUGCAGGGUGAGAGGUACCGGGGCAGGACGGAGCUCCUGCGGGAUGGGAUCCAGAGAGGCAGCCUGGCCCUGCGGAUCUGGAACCUCACCCUGCGGGAUGAAGGGCGCUACCUCUGUGACUUCCAGUCCAACAACACCGUUGGCAACGCCACACUGGAGCUCCGUGUGACGAGCUCCGGCUCGGACCCCCUCCUCCAUAUUGGUGGAUAUGACGGCAAGCAGAUGAACGUGACAUGUCUCUCUGUGGGGUGGUACCCGAAGCCAAAGGUGCUCUGGAGAAAUGGCCACAGGGAGAGACUGACCCCAUCUAAGGAGGAAAAAAUCUCCAGAAACCGGGGCCUCUUUGAUGUCUCCAGCUCCGUGGUAGUGACUGAGCAGUCGGCCCCAACACUGAUUUGUGCCAUCAGACCCGGCUCACCUGGCCCGGAGAAAGUCUCAGCCAUUCUCAUCUCCGAUGAGUUUUUCCCCCAAGUCUCCUCUUGGAAGGUUGGCCUCUUCUUGUUCCUGUCAGUGUGUGUUUGCCUCCUCUUCUUGCCUGCCUGCUACUUAUGGAGGGUUCAAAGAGCAAAAAGGAAAUCCUCCAAUUUAACCACAAAGAAGUGAUGGAUCCUUCGAUACAGGAGAAAGGAAAUUCCUACGGUCCUGAAAAAGAGUCUUUGGUGGGGAGUCACAAUGGUGGAAGCUGAGUGGACUGGAAGGAGUCAGGCCUACCAACAUGUCUGCCACCCCCACCGUCUCCUGGGAGUCCGGGAUCUACCAUUACACUGUGGGGCCCGCACCGUCCUGAUCCUCAGUGCGGUCCAGCCAGAUUGACCCAGACGACACUACCACCUCCACUGGCUUUGGCUAAAUCCUGAAGAGCAUCUGGGACAUGAGACUUGGGUCUUUGCUGCCACCUGGCCCCCCGUGUGUCCUUUUCCUUCCCUCCUUAUUAUUUCUCUGUCCUAUUCCUCUCCUUUUGCCUUCUGUUUAAUGAGAGUCUGGCUUAGUUGCCCAAGACUGUAUAUUUUGCAAUGCUGCUGUGAGCCCAUGACCAGAGAGGCAGCUAAAAGCAAUGCCCUAAACUGGCCCAAGGUCUCGGAGUGGCUGAUGGGACCAUGUGCUGGGCCUGUGUUUCUCCAACAGUGAGUUUGUGAGUGCGAGUUAACGCUAGAGACAGAAGCUGCAUUUUCUCUCUCGGCUGUUCUUUCCUUUCCUGUCUUGAGUGUGUUUGUCUUGUUUUGUCUUAAAGGAAGCAGGAGCAGAUUCUAGCAACAACAGCUUCAGACCAUCUCAGCUCAACUUUUGUCUAUUCCCGCAAAUGGACAGUUUAAUACCCUCUGUAAUACCAGCCGAAGGAUUGUCAAACGGCCAGAACUCUCUCCAGUGAAAGGGAAAGGGGACAAGGGAUGUUGUUACAACAAAAAUCUCCCUUAAUAGUUUACAUUUCAAAGGCUGGAUCAUUUUCCCUUCUUUUCCUGUCUCUUUAAUAAAAGGUUACACUGAUUUUUAAGGGUGGUCGUUGCCAUGGGACUAAGCAGGCCGAGGUCUCUGCCCUCGGAGCCCCAGCCUGUGUUGAACUGUUUCGUGUUGGACAGUGACAGGGUCAUGCUAACACCUUGGAAUCUCUGGCCCCAUUUCUUCCAUCGAAAUUAGCACAGACAUGUGGGAACUGAGGCUAUGUCUACACUACUGCGGUAAGUCGACCUAGGCGACGCAACUCCAGCUACAUGAAUAACAUAGCUGGAGUACCGUAGGUCGAGUUACCGCAGGGUCUACACUGCGGGGGGUUGACGGGAGAAACUCUCCCGUCGACUUACCUUACUCUUCUUGUCGGGGGUAGAGUACAGGGGUCGACUGAAGAGCGAUCUGCUGUCGAUUUGGGGGAUCUUUACUAGACCUGUUAAAUCAACCUCCAGUGGAUCGAUCUCAGAGCAUCGAUCCCAGCCGUAGUGUAGACCUGCCCUCAGAUAUAGGCCCCUUUGGCAAGCGCAGUGUCAUGGAAUAGUGCCCCCUUGUGGACUUUCCCAGCAUCCUGACCCAGCCGCGGUUACAGUAGAACCUCAGAAUUAAGAACACCUCGGGAACGGAGGUUGUUCAUAACUCUGAAAUGUUCGUAACUCUGAACAAAACGUUACGGUUCUUUCAAAAGUUUACAACUGAACAUUGGUUUAAUUGAAGGGUUAAAAUCCAUGUGCAUGUUAUAUAACAACCUGGUAUAUGAAUUAUGCCAGCUCUUUUCCAGACCCAAAGUCCAGAGUUUGGUCUGGAGACCAGAGGCCUAGCUAAUAGUGAUCAGCUAAGAGAAAGCUGGGGUAAACAAAAUAACAUUGCCUUUGCUAAGAUAUGCUUGGUCAGUAGAAAUGCCAGAUGUUAAGGCAAUAACUGAAUAAUUAUGUUUCAUCCAAUGUUUCAAAUUGAACAAAGAAUCCCUGUUCCUAUUGUGUUUCUCCUGAAGGGAAAACAGUCUUCCCACAGAUCCAACCUUGAGUUUAUGAAAAAUUGGCACAUGUCAGUAUAAUGAUAUGGCAUCCUUCCACCUCCCUUCCCAGGGACCAAUGCCCUGCCUUAAGGCAUAAAGGAGACAAUCUGUAUUACCAUAUCCUUUCACUGUUUCUUUGCUUUAACCCCUAGGAAUGUACCUGUUGAACAAUCAAAGAAGUUGCUCCAUUCCUAUGGACCCCAAAUCAGAAUUCAACAUAUAUAUUUUAUACUAAUAACAUUUUAUCAAAGUAUUAAUUAAAUGUUAACUUGCUAAUUUGAGACCAUGGGCGGAGACAUUAUGUAACCUUUUAACCAUUGGCUAAUGUGCUAUCUUGUCUUGCUGCAAAACCUAUCCUGGGGUGUGAAACUGCCUACCCCGUCACUUUCCCCCACCCAUGGAAAAUCUAUAUAUUUCAUUGUAAUCAAUUGAUUGACAGUGUCUCUGAGCCUAAUAAGCCAGGUGACACUCCGCCAGCGCUGUGUGUAAUAAACCCCUAUGCUUUGACCUCUA